AUGCUUGGGCUGAAUACUUAUCUGAAACAAGGUAUUUUUUCAACUUAUGUUGCCCUGUGGACAUCCUCACACCUGCUGGUCUAUUCGAGCCGACUAGCUUCCGCACCGGCCUACAAUGCUACAUCUGUGGUUCUGCUGACAGAGACAGUGAAGCUGGCCUUGGCCACUGCCAUGUUUUUAGCGUACGAUGGCUCUGUUUCCGACAUGUUGCGUGUGACAUUGAAGCAGCAUCGAAUAUUGUUGAAGUAUGCAAUCCCGGCUUUGCUGUACGCGCUGUACAACAAUUUGCUCUACAUCAACCUAGCCGCUUUCGACCCUGGCACAUACAAUGUCCUGCUUCAGCUCAAGAUUGCGCUGACGGGCGUGCUUUACCAAAUCCUUUUCUCCAAGCAGCUGAACCGGAAUCAGUGGCGGGCGAUUCUGCUCAUCACUGGCGGCUGCAUGUGCAAAGAGUCAGGAAAGGUCACCACCCUGGGCUUUCAGGCAAACUUGAGCUCGUGGUUGCUGCUCUUCGUGCAGAUGCUGUGCUCUGUACUUGCUGGUGUCUACAACGAGGUGCUCUUGAAAGGCUCUGACAGCACCGCUGGCGGCAUAACGACAAACCUCCAGAAUGCGUUUAUGUACUUCCAGUCAAUCCUCGUAAAUGGCAUCCUCCUGAUGUGGCAGGGUGAGGUCUCUUCAGCCAUCUCUGCCGAGAAUGUUAGUGCCAUUUGCACCCCGAGGGUUGUCCUGAUCAUCGGGAUCAUGUCCUCCGUGGGUUUAGUCACCGGCUUCUUCCUGAAGCAUCUCGACUCCGUGCUCAAGGCUGUGGCCUCAGGUUUGGAGGUGGUGUUUACAAUGCUGCUCGGCUUCAUGCUCUUUGGGGCGCCGCUGGGCGUAACGGGUGUGGCCUCUGCUACCCUUGUUGGCUCCGGGGUUGCGCUCUACUCGCGGCCGGUUCCACCUCCGCCGAGUGCUGAAGAUGAACUGAAGAUCGUUUAG